UAAAAAUCUGUUAACCCGCUAGGGUUUUUGUUUGCCGCUUACACAUUAUAUCAGCUAGGGUUUCAGUCAUCUACACCACUCUCUCGUCCUUAACAAUGGUAAGCGGCUUGGAAAUCGGUAACGUUCCUUUCAACCCCGACGGCUGGGGUCCUCCAGAUGCCACAACAGGCGCUGCUGCCACCACUACGCUUCCUCUCAAUGUUCCCUUCGCCCCCUUCUCUCGAUCAGAAAAACUCGGCCGAAUUGCCGACUGGACCCGCACCGCCAACAAUCCCAAUGCAAAUCGCCCCAACUCCAAGACGGCGUCGGAUUCAGUUUUUGACUUCACUGCCGAUGAUUCCUUCCCCGCGGCAACUGCUGCCGGUGAUGAUUCAACAUUCCGUCUCGUAGACGGAAAACCUCCUCCUCGCCCCAAAUUUGGACCUAAGUGGCGCUUCAACCAACACCGACCACAGCUUCCACAGCGACGUGAUGAAGAGGUGGAAGCUCGCAAACGGGAGGCGGAAAAGGAACGGGCCCGCCGCGAUCGGCUCUAUAACCUCAACCGGUCCAACCAAAACCAGCCACGUCGUGAGGCGGCCGCUUUCAAGUCAUCGGUGGACAUCCAACCAGAGUGGAACAUGCUGGAUCAGAUCCCCUUUUCAACCUUUUCAAAGCUAUCAUUCACAGUACCAGAGCCAGAAGAUCUACUUCUCUGCGGCGGUCUCGAGUUUUAUGAUAGAUCGUAUGAUAGAAUCACCCCCAAAAACGAGCGUCGUUUGGAGAGAUUCAAAAACCGAAACUUUUUCAAAGUCACAACUACUGAUGAUCCGGUGAUACGGCGACUUGCGAAUGAAGAUAAAGCUACGGUCUUUGCAACUGAUACGAUCCUCGCAACUUUGAUGUGCGCGCCGAGGUCUGUUUAUUCAUGGGACAUUGUGAUUCAGAGGGUCGGAAACAAGCUCUUUUUUGAUAAGAGGGAUGGUUCCCAGCUUGAUUUACUCUCUGUGCACGAGACCUCCCAGGAACCUUUGCCAGAGGCCAAGGAUGAUAUGAACUCGGCUUAUUCGUUGAGUGUUGAAGCAGCUUAUAUUAAUCAGAACUUUUCACAGCAGGUCUUGAUUAGGGAUGGGAACAAAGUCGCUUUUGAUGAGCCCAACCCUUUUGCAAAUGAAGGAGAGGAAGUUGCCUCUGUGGCCUAUAGGUAUAGGCGCUGGAAGCUGGAUGAUGAUAUGCAUCUUGUUGCCCGGUGUGAGGUGCAGAGUGUUGUGGAGGUUAACAAACAGAGGUCGUUUUUGACACUGAACGCACUUAAUGAGUUUGAUCCAAAAUAUUCAGGAGUUGAUUGGAGGCAGAAGUUGGAGACUCAAAGAGGUGCGGUUUUGGCCACUGAAUUGAAGAACAAUGCCAACAAAUUGGCCAAGUGGACUGCUCAAGCUCUGUUGGCCAGUGCAGAUUUGAUGAAAUUGGGUUAUGUUUCAAGGGUUCAUCCAAGAGACCAUUAUAAUCAUGUGAUAUUGGCGGUAGUUGGGUACAAGCCAAGGGACUUUGCCGCCCAGAUUAAUUUGAAUACGUCCAACAUGUGGGGGAUUGUUAAGAGUAUUGUUGACUUGUGUAUGAAGUUGAAAGAAGGUAAAUAUGUGUUGGUGAAGGACCCAUCCAAACCACAAGUGAGAAUUUAUGAAGUUCCUGCUGAUGCGUUUGAGAAUGAUUAUGUGGAGGAACCUUUGCCUGAGGAGGAGCAGGUUCAGCCCCCUGGUGAGGAUACUGAGAAUGUGGAGGCAAAUGGAGCUGUCAAUGAUGUUGAGGAUAAAAAGAUUGAUGCUCAAGCAUAAAGUGACAGUCUUCAUUUGAUUAUAGUGCAUAGUGGCAGUAGUUUUGGCAAGAAAAAUGAAGCAACUGUGAUGCUGUUUGCAACUGGAGCUUUACCCGCACUUCUUCCUUGUGUCCAGGAGUGCUGCUGAUUCCUUUUCUUUUUCUUUUUUGGAGUCUUUCUAUUUACAUCCUGAUGUUUCACUGUAGUUGGAAAGAUAUUUACAACAUUAGAUGGUUGCUUUUUGAGACUCAGUAGAGAUACAAUAAGUAUUCAUAUGGUUGGAAUUUUGUUGGUAUGCUGGUGGGAUUGUAACUUGAGUUUUUUUGCCUAUUGUAAGCUGCUGUCUUUUGAGUA